GAAGGCUCGAAGAUCCAACUACAGUGGGUUCUGGUCGACUGUGAACAUGGCGCUGUCGACGACUCCUCCAUGCACAUUGGAAGCCACUGCCGCUGCCCACUCGUCUCCUAUAGUGUGCAUCGCUGGUCCGGAACCUCACCUCAUCAAACGUGCGCUUGACGCCGGUGCCCAUGGGAUAAUGAUCCCCAUAGUCGAGACGCAAGCCCAAGCUGAGCUGAUAGCCCGCGCGGCACACUACCCGGACCCGGCGUCUGGAUUCGCAAGUGGGACGCGCGGGGUUGGUGGGCUGUUUGCGUCGCUAUCAUGGGGCAUGGGCACGGAGUGCGACAAAUACUCCACGAGUGUGAAUGAGAAGCUGGUGGUGAUCGUGCGUAUCGAGACGCCCUUGGGGGUGGCAAACUGCGAAGAGAUUGCGGCAGUAAAGGGGAUCGAUGCGCUCUUCAUUGGGCCAAAUGACUUGUGCGCAAGUAUGGGGUUCUUGGGGAGGAACCAUGCGGACAUGAGGGAAGUGCAAGAAGCUGAGACAAGGUGCUAAAAGCGGCCAAGGAGGUAGGGGAGUUCGGGGGAUACUUCUGUUUGAGCGCGGAGCAGGCGACAGAACUGGUGAAGAAAGAAAAGCUGGGAGUUUGUAAACUGCGCGGCAGAUAUCGUCGCAGUGAUAGCGUAGAUGGGAAGCGAAAUGGGGAAGUUUAAGAAGAUUACAAGGGAUCUAAAUCAGGGGAAUGGAAUGAAGAUCGUGAACAACGGAACUGCUGAGAUGAAGGAGAAUGGAGGACAAGAUUGAGAAUGGG